AUGAGCAUAGGAGGAACAAAGGAAACUAAAUUAAUAGUGAUUGGAGAAACAGGAAGUGGUAAAAGUUCGCUUGGUAACUUUAUCUUGAAGAAACUUAAUAAGUUUAAAGUAGGUGAUGGUGCUAAUUCAUUAACACAAGAAACAAAUGGAGGUUAUGGAGAAGGUGAUAGAAAGAAUGUAUUUGUUAUUGAUACUCCUGGUUUUAAUGAUUCUAAUGGUAAAGAAAAAGAGAAAAAAAAUAUUGAACAAAUGGUAAAAUAUAUCCAAACAGAAAGUGGAAUAAAGUCUAUUGUUAUUUGUUUAGAUAUUAACAACCCUCGGUUGUUAAAUAGUACCAAAACAAUGAUUCGAAUAAUACAUGAGAUUUUUCCUGUUUAUGAAUUUUGGGAACAUGUUUGUGUUGUAUGGAGUAAAUGUUAUUGCUACACACCACAAAAUGUAAUUGACAAAAUGGUUGAAGGCAAAAGGAAAGGUUAUAAAAAACAGUUGUUAAAUUUCGCUGAAGAAACAACAGGAGAUUCAAAUUUUGUUAUACCAAUGUACUUUGUUGAUUCAUCUCCAGAUGAAGGAGUAGAUAACACUAGGUCAGAGAAUGAAAUUAUAUCAAUGUUGAGUUGGGUACGUACUUUACCUUCUUUAAAAAAUAAAGAAGUAAAAAGUAUAAAAUUUCAUAACACUUAUAUAGAAACGAAACAAGAAACAAAAAUUGUUGAAUUAAAACAUGAUCGCAUAAAGUUAUUAAUCAAUAAGCUACAAAGAGAGAAAAUAGUUGGAUAUGAUGGAAGUAUUAAUUACACAGAAUGGACUGUAGUGAAGAGUAAGCCUGUAACUGAAAAAAUUCCAAAGAAUCUUGUUGGUGCUUCAGAAACAAAGCUUCAAGGAUUAAAAACAGAAAUUGGAGAUAGAAAGUUUGAAGCUGUUGUAGGUGGAGUUCUUAAUUAUGACAAGUUGUUAUAA